AUGGCUUUUGUUGCUUUAACUUCUCUCAUUAAAACCAUUGAGAUUCAGUUUCUUGGGCAAACACCAAGGGUAAGCCCGUCUCUCCGCGAUCUUGCAAGAAUCAAGUCUUUCCUUCAAAAUCUUUCUCAUUUGCAAGCCCAUCUGGUCUAUCACCAGGAGGAAUCCCUUGGUGAUGGUGAUGAUGAAGAUGAUGCAAUCAAAGUCAGAGAUUUCGAAAUGGAAAUCAGAGAGUUUGCACUCAGAACUGAAGACGACAUUGAACUACAACUUAGCUACUUCAUCCAUUUCCGAGGAGAGUAUGGAGAAGAGUUUGCAGCUUACUAUGAACUCCUCCUCUAUCAAACUUUGCAAGAAGCUGCAAAAUAUGCAACAGAGCAGCUCUUGGAGUCAUCAAAAAUGGGUAGUCAUAGUCAUGCUUUAACUAUUCUCAUCAACAAAAUUGAGUAUUACUUAGAGCAACACUUCCCAACGGUGCGUGGUUCUGAUAAAAUAGCAAUAACAAUGGUAAAAUUCUCAGACGACCUUUCUACCCUGCUAGGCUGCUUAUUGCAGGAGAGGAAUUCCAAAAAUUCUGGUGCUGCAAUAAAAAAAUUGGGAACCAAAAUCAGAAACUUCGCACUCAAAACUGAAGAUGACUUCCAAAUACAAGUAACAGACUUCCUUAUAGCCAAACACACCGGACAUCAAGAAAAAGCUUCACAGAAACUCCAUCACAUGUUGCAAGAAGCAGCAGAAAGCGUACAAGAGUUGUUGAACAUAAUCAAAAGUAGAAGCAGCAAUGAAGUUGAUGAGGCAAAUCAAACUCAACCAUCAAAUACUUGGUUAAAACAUGCUAGCGCUGCGAAUGUUGAAUCUGAUGGAUCCACCUCGCAUGGCUUUCUAAAGCCUAAGGGCAAAAUGGUUGGCCGUCACAAUGAUUGUAGAGUCAUAAAGGACCUACUCUUUUGGCCCGGUUUUGUCAAACCAGGUAUAAUCUCAAUUGUUGGAAUGGUGGGUAUUGGAAAGACGACUGUAGCAAGAAAUGUGUAUGAAGAUCCAUCAGUCGCAUCCUAUUUCGAUGUAAGAGCUUGGGUUACUAUGCCUCCUCCUCAACACUACAAUAGGAGCAGAAUGCUAAGCCAACUUCUUCAGUCAAUUACACCAGUAGAAGAGCCAAAUGUAAUUAAAAAGGGAAGCACUCCUCACGAACUAGAAAUGCAGGUACGCAAAUGCUUUGCUGGUAAGAAGUAUCUAAUUGUUUUGGACAACAUUAUGAGCAAGCAAACUUGGGAGAAAGCUUGGACUGACAUCAGAAGGUGUGUUAUUUCUAAUGGAUUAGUUGGAAGUUACAUAUUACUAACCACUAGACACUACUUCAACCUAUAUGCCCAUACCCAUAAGAUGACUUUGCUAGAUCCUAAAGAAAGCUGGGAACUAUUUUGUAAUAUCCUUUCUAUUGAUGAAGAGCACUUGGCCCCUAAAUUUGAAAAAAUUAGGAACCAUGUUGUGGAGAAAUGUGAUGGAUUACCCCAGUUAAUUGUUGAAGUUGCCAAGCGUUUAUCUAAAUGCAACAACAUACAACAAGGGUGGAAAAAGAUUGAAAAGGAAUUAGAGUCAUUGGGACUUCUAGAUCGCAAUGCACUCAGUGUUAGUUACAAUAUGUUGCCACAUCAUUUGAAAGUUGGCUUUCUAUACUUUGGAGUCUUCCCAAAACGUAAAAAAAUUCUGGUUAAAAUGCUUAUAAGGUUGUGGAUUGCCGAGGGAUUUGUGAAGCCUUUGAAACAUAAGGAGUUAGAAGAUGAAGCUUAUGAGUACUUACAAGAGCUUAAUGAUAGAAGUCUUCUCUUAAUUGAAGAUCGAAGUUGUAAUGGCAUAAUAAAGACUUGUAGAAUGCACAGUGCCUUACAUAGCUUCUGCGUAGGAGAAGCUCAAAAAGGAGGUAUUUUAUGUGCAGUAAAUACUCAGCAACAUUCAGGAUUAUCAUUAAAAGCAUUUACAAAUUCCUGUCGUUGGCUAAGUGCUUACUCACACAGUUUUGACUAUUAUGUGCUCUUUGGUAAGAACAUCCCUCGCUCCAUUUUCUUCUUUCUUGAAAGUACUAAAAUGUUUGUUCCUCCGAAGCUGUUAAGAGUUUUGGCUUUUGAUACUUCUAUAUCACUUCAAAGAGUGCAAUUAGGAGGUUUAGUUUUUCUGAGAUACCUAUCCAUAACACAAUGGUUUGAGGAUUUGGAUCAUGUAGUGUCAAAUAAUCCAAAUUUAGAGACACUUGUUGUUUCCGGUGAUGGAGCACCAACAGUCCAUUUGUCGUCUAGUAUUUGGAAGCCACCAAACUUAAGGCAUCUUGAACUUGGCAAUUCAUAUAUGGUAGAUCCUCCAAGUGCUGAUAUAAAGAAUUUACAAACAUUAUCUUGGGCAAUGAAACCAAUUCAUUGCAGACAAAAGGUGUACAGAAAGUUCCCUAACAUAAAAAAUCUGAAAAUUUUCUUGAAGGAUGACAUAGAGCCCAGUCACGUUAGAGGAUGUUGCAGCAAUCCUAUUAUUUUGGAUCAUUUUAACUGUUUGAAAGGGCUUAAGAAGCUUAGCAUUUCGGUUUCCAUUGGUUGCAAUGCAGCCCUUCCAAAACAGUGUAUGUAUCCUUCAAGACUGGAAAAGUUGAAGUUGAGUGGAACUAAUAUUUCUCAGCGGGAUUUAAAUGUAAUUGCUAAGUUACCCCAACUUAAGGUGCUCAAGUUGGAAAAUGCCUUCCAUGGAACAGUAUGGAACUCAAUAUCUAAAGGAGGAUUUCCUGUACUAAUAUUCUUGCUCCUGGAAGCUAAAGAACUCAAGCAGUGGGUAGUUGGCCAGACGCACUUUCGGAUGCUCAGACACUUAGUCUUAAGAUCCUGUAAUUGUUUGGAACGGAUCCCAAUUGGUUUUAAGAUCCUGAAGUCAAUUGAGUUGGAGGGGUGUAAGUCUUCCCUUGUCGGUUUUGCCAAACACUUACAACAGAAGAGAAGAUUCGAGGAUGUUAAGGUUAGAAGCUAA